CCAACAAAGGCUUUUUUGACAUUUUUGUUUCGCAUCGAGCACGAUUUUUGGCCGACAACGAUGCAUUCUUCAAGGAUUGCUUUCCGCGCAGUGUGGAGAAUCGGAGCAAUUCGUCCGAAUUCUCACCUCCUCAAGCGAUCUCUCCUUCCCUGCGCCGUUCCCCGCCUCUUCCAUACCCGCCCCUUCCUUUCACAACACUCCUCUAGCACACCACCAGCGAGCCCAUCAAUCACCCCGCGCCUUCACGCAGUCUACACUUGCAAAGUCUGCUCAACCCGCCAGCACAAGUCAAUGUCGAAACAUGCCUACGAAAAAGGCGUUGUUAUCAUUCGAUGCGAAGGCUGCGCGAGUCUGCACCUUUUUGCAGAUCAUUUGGGGUGGUUUGAUAGUUUGGAUCCACCUGGAACUAUUGAGGAUAUUAUGAAGAGGAAGGGGGCUGAGGUGCGAAGGGUUGCGAUAGGCGAGGGGGAUUUGGAAUCAGAGCUGCAAAAGAACGAGGGGGAGAGUGGAGAAGACAAGAAAGUGGGACGGGAAGGUGAGGUGGUCAAUGUUGUGGACGGGGGCUUGGAGGUUGUGCCAAAGUCAUAACAGUGACUCUUUUAUGAUAUUUGGAUGAUGCCGUUAUGGCACGAGCGCUUUUACCUUUGAUUUGCAUAUUCCUACAUAUAAACAAGACACACUCGAAAAUCAAUUAAUCUACAGCAGCCAUCUCUGACAAAC